AUGUUGCAAGCGUUCAAGAACUACGUUUCCCCAAGCCAACAGCUAAGGCUUGUCCUUCUGGAUUUCAAGGAUCCAAAGACGUUUAGCAGAAUAAUGGCCACUUCUGACGAAUCGCUCGGAGGAUUCUCUACCGUUCACUUUGAUCCUUAUAGAGACAAAGACACCGGGAAUCUGUGCGCACGAUUCCAUGGAAAUUUAAACCUCAACCUUCCCGCUGAUCCCAAGGUGAAAGAUUCUGGAUGGGCUAUGUUCAAGACCAAAGAUCGCCAGAAGAAACAUUCCUUCAGGCCGUUUUAUUUGAGCAAGCGAUUUGCAAACUUCUGGUGGGACUUGUCUACGUUCUACGCGGUUCAUUUGCGCGUGAAAAACCAAACUCCUGCACGGAAGUUCAUGAUCAACUUUCAAACGGACACUUCCUCGAGAACAGAUCUAUUUCAGCACAGGGUCUUUCUUGAGAAUAAUAGUCAAUGGCAAGAUGUGUUCAUCUCAUUCAGUGAUUUUGUACUCACAAACAAGGGCAAAAUACAGAUCCAGUACGAUGAGGAGUUUGAGAAAGAUCGUGUGAGAAGCGUUGGGCUCUCCAUUGCUGAUAAGAAAUUUGGAGAGUAUAGUUUACUGAUAGACACUAUCGAGUGCCUCUACGGAGACGAAUAUGCGCAAAAGUUGACUCAAGCGAGAAACAAUCCACUUUUACAGUCUAACGACUCAAUGAUAGAUAGGCUCAAUUAA